GUUUAUUCGUUGUUGCUUGCUAUUACAUAACGUUGCCUACAUCUUAUAUAUACAUUGCUUAUGCUCAAACCUGACAACACUCAAGUUACAGAUAUCAAAGAGAGAAAAAGAAAAGAGAGGCAGGACAAACUUUAUGUAUACACAGUUAUUGUUCUUGUGUGCGUACGCCGGUAUUAAGAGAUCAAAGAUCAAGAGUUAGUGGGCGGCACCCUGUGAAAACGUUCUGCCCAUUGCCACCCUUUAUUGACUUACUGAACACAGAUUGCGAAUUCUUUUUCUAAGCUGAAUUUAUUUAAUUGCUUUCUUGUGUACGUGUCAAGCCAGCUCUCAGUUUGUUGUAUUUCGGCUGGCUAUGGAACCAACAAAAGACUCCACUUGUCCUCCUAUUAAAAAUUUUUCUGAAAUACCAAACGACAAAAAGAAAAGGUAUCAGGAACUUAUUUCUGUCUUCCAGCAAAAAUAUGGCAAACAGCCACAGUUCUUUGUCCAAGCUCCAGGGAGAGUUAACCUCAUAGGAGAACAUAUCGACUAUUGUGGUUACUCUGUCCUACCUAUGGCUGUUGAACAAAAUAUCCUAAUUGCUGCAGCUCGUUCUGGCGAUGAUAAAAUAUUUGUGGCCAAUAAAGACUCAAAUUAUGCGGACUUUGAGUGCUCCACCAACAACCUGACCAUUGCCGAAGGUACAACUUCAUGGCACGUAUAUUUCCUGUGUGGUCUUAAAGCUAUUGAGGACAGUGGCCAGCUGCAGCAGCAGAUGUCUGGUCUCUACUGUAUGGUGGAUGGUGUCAUCCCAAAAAGUGCUGGACUGUCUAGUUCCAGUGCCCUUGUUUGCUGUUCUGCACUGGUUGCUGCUUUUGCCAAUAAUCUCAAGUUCACUAAGUCAGAAUUAGCUGAGUUGUGUACUGUCAGUGAACGAUAUUGCGGUACCCAAGGUGGAGGAAUGGACCAAUCCAUUGCUUUCAUGGCAGAAGAAGGUCAGGCCAAAUUGAUAACAUUCAACCCGCUGAGUGCUACAAAUGUCCAACUGCCAUCUGGUGUUGUGUUUGUUGUGUCCAACAGCUGUGUUGAAAUGCACAAAGCUGCAACAGCCAAUUUCAACAUAAGAGUUGUUGAAUGUAGGCUUGCUGCACAGCUGAUAGCAAAGAAGUUAGGUCUAGAUUGGCUUCAACUGAAGAAACUUGGAGAUGUGCAAAAAACCUUAAAGUAUGACUUGCCACAGAUGCUUGCAACUGUACAGCAGUUGUUACAUGCAGAAGCUUACACCAAACAGGAAGUGUGUACAGAACUUGGAAUUGAAGAAGAUGAACUGAAUAAAACUAGUCUCUGUGGAAAUACACUCCAUGUGCAACAAUUCAAGCUGUAUAAUCGUGCCAUGCAUGUCUUCAGUGAAGCCAACCGUGUCCAUCAGUUCAAAGCCUUCUGUGACAACCCUGAUGCUGAUGUAACUCAGAAGCUUGCCAAACUAAUGAAUGACAGUCAUAGCAGUUGUCGAGACCUGUAUGAGUGUAGCUGUCCAGAGCUGGACUCAUUAGUGAACAUUUGUCUGCAAUCUGGUGCUCUGGGAAGUCGUUUAACUGGUGCUGGAUGGGGUGGUUGUGCUGUGUCUAUGGUGCCUACUGAACAACUCAAAAGUUUUAUGGAGAAUGUAAAGACCAAGUAUUAUCAAUCAGACUCAAAGCGGGCUGGCAAAGUGACUGAAUCACUUUUUGCUUCAAAGCUAGGAAAUGGUGCUGCAGUGUAUGAACUGACACAGAAUUAAUACUAUUCCAUUAAAAUGAUUAUGUGGUUCUUUUUAUAUUUUUUUAAUAAAAGUAAAAAUUAUAUAUAUAUAUA